CACGCCUAUAUAACAUCUCUCCACCACCUCCAUCAAAGCAUCCAACCAUCGCCUCGGCGUUUGUCACGAUCGCCUCUUCAAAGGUCAGCAUGUGACCCGAAAGAGGCAGUCUUCUGGAACUCUUCUCCAGGAGCUUUAGCACCGACCUAAAAACAAGUUAAACAUAAGUCAACUUCCCCUCUCCAGCCGAUCCCCCGCAAGCGCAACCUACAGCCCCCCCCCCGAUUACGGAUAAGCCCCGAAAAAGGAAGAAGCGCGCGAUUAUGGCUCCCCAGGUCAUUCGCUUGCCCGAUGGGCAGACCUUCACUGUCACACCCGUCUUUGCAGGUCUCGGCUUCAAGAGCCAUGAGUUGAAUACGCAUCAUAAUGCGUUUCCUGUGGGGUGGACCGUUGUGCUGAACACGGAGAGCGAUGAUGGAUCUGAUGAUGAUACUGAGAAGCAGGAUGUUGAAAAUAGAGAGAAUGGUGUUGCGCUGGAUGGGAAGGCGAAGAGGCAAAUUCACUCUUUCGCUAAACCGACGCUGCAGGGCGAUAACCUCUUCAUCUCGUCCAUCGCGAACCCUUCGAGCUCCGAGUUCAAACCCGCUGCGAGUCCCACACGGCAGAUUGCCAUGAUGCUGUGGAUUACACUAUACUGGUACUUCCACCAGCCCGAACCUGCGCCGCAAGUUCCUGCUCAGGCAGCGGAGAAGACGCCUCAAGCUGCUAAACCUCGUGGUGAAUGGAGGAUCAACAUCAAGCGCGAUGGAGUGCUCCGAGGUCGGAAUUUGAUCCCUAAGCUUGAGCGCAUGGGACUUAUAACGUCGGAGAGCAGUGCUGUUGGAACGAGUUUGGAUGAUAAUGGGGACGAUUGGUCUAAUAUGUUUGUCUCGAGACGGAUGUUUUGGCAACUCCCCGGUCGGCUUUUUCUCUUCUCUUUACAGCCUAACAAAGCUGGUGCGAAUUACGAUUCUGUUCCUGGAUCGCCUAUUGGCAGUCGCCCGAACUCACCUUUACCUAUGGAACCACCAUCGCCAUACCACAAGACCUUCCAGCGCCAUUCACCGCAUUCGUCUCUGAAUCGAAUAGAUCAUGAUCUCCCCGGUGGACCAACUCCCACAUCGAUGGCAAACCCGCCGAGCUUCCCUAUUGGACCUUUCUUUUCGAGCUCUCAUCUUCCGACUUACUAUCCGCCUGCUCCUCUUCAAUAUAUCUUUACGAAUAAUAUCCGUCACCCGAUGAGACCAAAGCCACCUAGGAUGGGCGAAGUCUUCUACACAAGAUUUGUCCCGAGCGUUAAUCAGUACCUUUCGUUCCGAGUUGCUUCCAUUUCACCCAAUCCUGUACCUUACCUUGGACCCGUUGGACCCAAGCCUCCUGAGCAAUCUCAUCUUAGUACGAUGAAUGACAUAGCUUUGUUGGAGAUGUGGAUGAAGAAGCCUCGAGUGAGCGCCUUCUGGGGCGAGUAUGAUGAACAAUUCCUCACCAAAUCAUUGAACCAAGCCAACUCCUUCCCUGUGAUUGGACAAUGGGACGGCGUACCAUUUGGAUACUUUGAGAUCUACUGGGUCAAAGAAGAUAUUCUCGGUCAGCAUCUCGGUAGCGAUGCGGCGGAUUGGGAUAGAGGUCUUCACGUGUUCAUCGGAGAAGAGUGGGCAAGAGGUCGGGUUCCAAUCUGGUUGACGGGAUUGGUGCAUUGGUGCUUGACAUCGGACUACCGAACAAUGAGUAUAUGCCUUGAGCCGAGAGUGGACAAUGCGAGGUUUCUGCAGGGCCUAGAGUUUACUGGGUUUUCGCGUGAGAAGCAGAUUUCGUUCCCGCAUAAACAAUCUUGGCUUGUUAGACUGCGUCGUGAGCAGUGGGAAGGACCGGCGCUUUGAACAUAUGGAUGCGAUGAUUGGGGAGGGUAGGGUAAUGUGGUGACGAGAAUACGAGAGAUGGUUUACGACGGAGAUAUUUGGUACUAUGACGAAUACAUGGGAUGCCUUUCGAAAUUGAACAUGAUGGUUAUGACUGGUCUCUGUGAACACUUGCUCCAGUGGUGACCAUGUGAUUACCAUACUCU